AGAGAGAUGAAUCUACUCCAGGUUGGCGCUCAGAGAAACAAUACUGCAUCUACCUGGCUUGUGAAAUUCAGUAUUCUUUGGCUUCUUAGUCAGAAUUGCUGCAAAGCCAGCGCUGUUUGGACCGCUUACAUGAACAUAUCAUUUCACAUUGGGAAUCGCAUGCUGUCAGAGUUGGGGGAAACUGGAGUGUUUGGAAGAAGCUCCACUUUGAAGAGGGUGGCAGGAGUUAUUGUGCCGCCAGACGGAAAAAUGCAACAUGCCUGUAAUUCCAAUACCAGUUUCAGCAGAUCAAAGAACUCGAAGGUGUGGCUCGCACUUAUUGAACGGGGAGGCUGUCCCUUCACACAGAAAAUUAAGGUGGCCGUUGAGAAGGGAGCCAGUGGAGUGAUCAUCUAUAACUUCCCUGGAACUGGCAAUCAGGUUUUUCCUAUGUCUCAUCAGGCAUUUGAAGACACUGUGGUAGUGAUGAUUGGUAACUUAAAAGGCAUGGAGAUUUUACAUUUAAUCCGGAAGGGAGUUCACGUUACAGUCAUGGUGGAGGUGGGGAGAAAACACAUCAUCUGGAUGAAUCACUAUUUUGUCUCCUUUUUGAUUUUCACCACGGCUACUUUUGUGUACUUCGUCUUUUAUCAUAUUCGAAGACUUUGGGUAGCAAGGAUUCAGAGCAGGAGAUGGAUGCGAUUAGCGACAGAUCUCAAGCUAGCGUUUAGCCAGCUCCAACUUCGGGUGCUGAAAGAAGGAGAUGAAGAAGUAAGUCCAAACGGAGACAGCUGUGUGGUUUGCUUUGAACUCUACAAGCCUAAUGACACGGUUCGUAUUCUGACUUGUAAGCAUUUUUUUCACAAGAACUGCAUUGACCCCUGGAUCCUAGGGCAUGGAACAUGCCCCAUGUGCAAAUGUGACAUUCUUAAUGCUCUGGGAAUUCAAGUGGAUGUUGAAGACGGAACACAACCAUUGCAAGUUCUGAUGUCAAGUGAAUGGCCUGGUAUUUUAUCACCUAGUGAAGAGGGGACAGAUAAUGAAUGUAUUCCUGCAAGACAAACAGAUAAAGUGACCCACGCAGGAGAGGCGGAGGAGCUCCCUACUUCUCAGAGCGACAGCCAGCCCAACACAGGAGAAGAUGCUCAUCCUUCACCUUGAUAGCAUGACCUUUGAGGAAGCGGAUUA